AUGAAUGUUGAUAUGAAACAUACAAGUCAUGUGGUCAAUGCUAUCACUCCUGUAACAUGUGUUGCGAUGUUGUCUUAUUUCGUUCUAAUAAAAAAGAAAUUUGUGUGCAAGAUAUGUAACAAGGGGUUCAGAUAUACAAAAGGCGCUUUAGAUCACGAAAAUUUGCAUACAGGUUAUAAGCCAUUUUACUGCGAAAAGUGUGAUCGUAGCUUCGCUUUGUCUGCAUCCCUCAGGGACCAUAUAAAGCACAAGCAUAGCAAAACCAUCAAAGAAGAAAAAAUGCUCAGCUGUGAAAUUUGUUCUAAACAAUACAGAAACCGGUCCGGAUUGCUUGGACACUACUCGUCCAAACACAAAGAACUUGGUGUCGAUUAUACAGUAGCUUGUGACAUUUGUGGAAAAACUUUCAGCAGAAGAAGCCACCUGAAUAGACAUGAACUGACGCAUACAGGCUUCAGACCAUUCGAAUGUAACAUUUGUAACAAGAGUUUUUCCAAAAAAGACUCCUUGGACUCGCAUACCAGAGUACAUACAGGGGAGAAACCAUAUGUUUGCAAUCAUUGUAAUAAAAGUUUUGCUCAUGGUGGUUCCUAUCGAUAUCACCUGAAGACCCAUACUGGUGAGGUGUCUCACUUUUGUCUUCACUGUAACAAAGGAUAUAUUUCAUCGGGUAAUUUGAGGAACCAUAUGAGGACAUGUCGUGUGAAAGAUGAAAUUAAAAGUGAAAUAUACAUUAAAACUGAACCGUUUGAGUUAGGUGGAAAUGAAAAACCGAAACUUGAGUGCAAGGUUUGUAACAAGGUGUUCAAAUAUGCAAGAAGUGCAUUAGAACACGAAAAUAUGCACACUGGUGAUAAGCCUUUCAAAUGCGAUCAGUGUGACCAUAGCUAUCCUUUGUCUUCAUCCCUCAGGGUCCAUAUAAAGCAAAAACACAGCGGAACAGAAGAAAAAACACACCCCUGUGUAGUUUGUUCUAAAGUAUACCAAACUGAGUCAGGAUUGCUUCGACACUACUCCUCCAACCACAAAGAACUUGGUUAUGAUUGUUCAGUAGAUUGUGACAUUUGCAAAACAACUUUUUGCUCGACAAGCCAACUGAAUAGACACAAACUGACUCACACAGGCUUCAGACCAUACGAAUGUAACAUUUGUAACAAGGGCUUUUCCAAAAAAGAUACGUUGAAGAUACAUCAAAGAGUUCAUACGAGGGAGAAACCAUAUGUUUGCGAGUAUUGUAACAAGAGAUAUUUUAUUACGGGAUUCCCAGGAUUUCCUACAUGCAGUCAUUCACAAGGUGCAUUUCGGUGCAACACUUUAACUAUGCAAGACAUCCAUAGGUUCCACCAAAAAUUCAACGAAAACAAGAACAAAGUAAGUCAGGACAAUUUCAUACUGUUGCACACAGCAUUGGAACCUAUUCAAAGGAGGAGACCAUCAAAGAACCCCUCGAUAACCUACAAGAAGAAAAGGGAGCUUCAAGAAACAAGAAGCAAAUACUUUAUUCUAGACAGGGAAGAACGGAAAGUGCCUGUUUGUAUGCAGACAUUUUUAAAAAAAAAGAAAUUUAAGUGCAACAUAUGUACCAAGAAGUUGAAGAAUGAAAGAGAUGCUUUAGAACACAAAAACUUGCACACGGGUGAUAAGCCUUUCAAAUGUGAUCAAUGUGAUCGUAUCUUUCCUUUGUCUUCAUCCCUCAGGGUCCAUAAAAAGAAAAAACACAGCAAAACUCUAAAGGAAAAAGUGCGCAAAUGUGUGGUUUGUUCUAAAGAAUACAAAAGCCACUCCGGAUUGCUUCGACACUACUCGUCCAGCCACAAAGAACUUGGUUAUGAUUAUACAGUAGAUUGUGAUAUUUGUGGAAAAACUUGCCGCACAAAAUGCCAACUGAAGAAACACCAACUGACUCAUACAGGCUUCAAACGAUUCGAAUGUCACAUUUGUAAUAAUGGAUUUACCAAAAAAGAUGCAUUGGAGGCCCACAACAGAUCAGCUCAUACGGGGGAGAAACCAUAUGUUUGCGACUAUUGUGACAAGAGGUUUGCUCAAAGGGCUCCUUAUCUAUAUCACUUAAAGCUUCACACUGGUGAGAGGUCUCACUUUUGUGUUAACUGUAAGAAAGGAUAUAUAACCUUGAGUAAUUUGAGGUCACAUAUGAAAAAUUGUCGUGUGAAAUACGAAAUUACAAGUGAAAUAGACAUUAAAAGUGAAGCAUUUGAAAAAAAGAAAUUUAAGUGCAACAUAUGUACCAAGAAGUUGAAGAAUAAAAGAGAUGCUUUAGAACACAAAAACUUGCACACGGGUGAUAAGCCUUUCAAAUGUGAUCAAUGUGAUCGUAGCUUCCCUUUGUCUUCAUCCCUCAGGGUCCAUAAAAAGGAAAAACACAGCAAAACACUAAAGGAAAAAGUGCGCAAAUGUGUGGUUUGUUCUAAAGAAUACAAAAGCCACUCCGGAUUGCUUCUCCACUACUCGUCCAGCCACAAAGAACUUGGUUAUGAUUAUACAGAAGAUUGUGCCAUUUGUGGAAAAACUUGCCGCACAAAAGCCCAACUGAAGAUACACGAACUGACUCAUACAGGCUUCAAACGAUUCGAAUGUCACAUUUGUAAUAAUGGAUUUACCAAAAAAGAUGCAUUGGAGGCACACAACAGAUCAGCCCAUACGGGGGAGAAACCAUAUGUUUGCGACUAUUGUGACAAGAGGUUUGCUCAAAGGGCUCCUUAUCUAUAUCACUUAAAGCUUCACACUGGUGAGAGGUCUCACUUUUGUGUUAACUGUAAGAAAGGAUAUAUAACCUUGAGUAAUUUGAGGUCACAUAUGAAAAAUUGUCGUGUGAAAUACGAAAUUACAAGUGAAAUAGACAUUAAAAGUGAACCAUUUGAAAAAAAGAAAUUUAAGUGCAGCAUAUGUACCAAGGAGUUUAAAUAUGAAAGAAUUGCCUUAGAACACGAAAAUUUGCACACGGGUGAUAAGCCUUUCAAAUGCGAACAGUGUGAUCGUAGUUAUCCUUUGUCUACAACUCUCAGGGACCAUAAGAAGAAAAAACACAGCCAAACUAGUACAGAAGAAAAAAUGCACAGUUGCGUGGUUUGUUCUAAAGAAUACAAAAGCGACUCAGGAUUACUUCGACACUACUCAUCCAACCACAAAGAACUUGGUUAUGAUUAUUCUGUAGCUUGUGACAUUUGCAAAAAAACUUUCAGCACAAGAAACGAACUAAAGGUACACGAACUAACUCAUACAGGCCUCAAACCUCAUGAAUGUAACAUUUGUCAUAAGAGCUUUUCCAAAAAAGACACGUUGAAGGCCCAUCAAAGAGUUCAUACGGGGGAGAAACCAUAUGUUUGCAAGUAUUGUGACAAGAAGUUUGCUCAAACUGCCCCUUAUCUAUAUCACUUGAAGACGCACACUGGUGAGAGGUCUCACUUUUGUGUUAACUGUAAAAAAGGAUAUAUAUCUUUGAGUAAUUUAAGGUUUCAUAUGAAAAAAUGUCAUGAAAUAAACAUUAAAAGUGAAGUAGCCAUUAAAAGUGAACCACUUGAAAAACAGAAAUUUAAGGGCACGAUAUGUAACAAGAGGAACAGAAAUGCAAGAAGUGCUUUAAAACAUGAAAAUUUGCACACGGUUGAAAAGCCUUUCAGUUGCGAACAGUGUCAUCGCAGCUAUCCUUUGUCUACAACCCUCCAGGACCAUAUAAACCGAAAACACACGAAAAUUAUUACAGAAAAAAAAAUACACAGCUGUGUCGUUUGUUGUAAAGAAUACACAGACAGCUCUGGAUUGCGUCGUCACUAUUCGUCCAACCACAAAGAACUUGGUUAUGAUUAUACAGUAGCUUGUGACAUUUGUGGAAAAACUUGCCACACAAAAGCCCAACUGAAGAUACACGAACUGACUCAUACAGGCCUCAAACCAUACGAAUGUAACAUUUGCAACAAGAGAUUUUCCAAAAAAUGUUCAUUGAAGACACAUAACAGAGCUCAUACGGGGGAGAAACCAUAUGUUUGUAAUUAUUGUGGCAAAAGAAAAAAGAAAUUAGAGUGUAUGAUAUACAAGAGACACUGUAACAAGUACAGAUAUGCAAGAAGUGCUUUAGAACAUGAAAAUUUGCACCCAGUUGAUAAGUCUUUCAGCUACCCUUUGUCUACAACCCUCCAGGGCCAUAUACAGCGAAAACACAGCAAAACUAUAAAAGAAAAAGUGCACACUUGUGUGGUUUGUCCUAAAGUAUACAAAAACCUCUCUGGAUUACGUCGACACUAUUCGUCCAACCACAAAGAACUUGGUGUUGAUUACACAGUAGUUUGUGACAUUUGUGGAAAAACUUGCGUCACAAAAUACCAACUGAAGGAACACAAACAGACUCAUACAGGCUUCAAACCAUACAAAUGUAACAUUUGUAACAAGAGCUUUUCCAAAAGCGAUUCGUUGAAGGCACAUAAGAGAGGUCAUACGGGGGAAAAACCAUAUGUUUGUAAUUAUUGUGACAAAAGAAAAAAGAAAUUUAAGUGCAUGAUAUACAAAAGACACUGUAACAUAUACAGAGAUGCAAGAAGUGCUUUAGAACAUGAAAAUUUGCACCCAGUUGAUAAGCCUUUCAGCUACUCUUUGUCUACAACCCUCCAGGACCAUAUACAGCGAAAACACAGCAAAACUAUAAAAGAAAAAGUGCACACCUGUGUGGUUUGUCCGAAAGUAUACAAAAACCUCUCUGGAUUGCAUCGACACUAUUCGUCCAACCACAAAGAACUUGGUGUUGAUUAUACAGUAGCUUGUGACAUUUGUGGAAAAACUUGCGUCACAAAAUACCAACUGAAGGAACACAAACAGACUCAUACAGGCUUCAAACCAUACAAAUGUAACAUUUGUAACAAGAGCUUUUCCAAAAACGAUUCGUUGAAGGCACAUAAAAGAGGUCAUACGGGGGAGAAACCAUAUGUUUGUAAUUAUUGUGACAAAAGAAAAAAGAAAUUUAAGUGCAAUAUAUGUAACAAGGAGUUCAGAGAAGCAAGAAGUGCUUUAGAACAUGAAAAUUUGCACACGGGUGAUAAGCCUUUCAAAUGCGAACAGUGUGAUCGUAGCUAUCCUUUGUCUAUAGCCCUCCAGGACCAUAUAAAGCGAAAGCACAGCAAAACUAUUACAGAAGAAGAAGUGCACAGCUGUGUGUUUUGUACAAAAGAAUACAGACACCGCUCUGGAUUGCUUCGACACUACUCCUCCAAACACAAGGAACUUGAUGUUGAUUAUUCAGUAGCUUGUGGCAUUUGUGGAAAAACUUUCAGCGGAAGAAACUGCCUGAAAAGAAAAAAGAAAUUUAAGUGCAAGAUAUGUAAAAAGGCGUUCAGAGAAGCAAGAAGUGCUUUAGAACAUGAAAAUUUGCACACGGGUGAUAAGCCUUUCAGUUGCGAACAGUGUGAUCGUAGGUAUCCUUUGUCUACAACCCUCAAGGAUCAUAUAAAGCGAAAACACAGCAAAACUAUAAAAGAAGAAGUGCACAGAUGUGUAGUUUGUCCUAAAGAAUACAGAAACCGCUCCGGGUUGCUUCGACACUACUCAUCUAAACACAAGGAACUUGGUACUGAUUAUACAGUAUCUUGUGACAUUUGUGAAAAAACUUUCUCCACAAGAAACCAACUGAAAAAGCACGAACUGAUUCAUACAGGCCUCAAACCAUUCGAAUGUAACAUUUGUAACAAGAGCUUUUCCAGUAAAGCUCAGCUGAAGUCACAUACCAGAAUCCAUACAGGGGAGAGACCAUAUGUUUGCAAUUAUUGUAAUAAAAGACAACGCAUCAAACGAAAGUACGUAAAGCGAAAAUCUAAAGAAAACGGAGAAAGUAAACCGCAGAAAGAAAAACCUCGAAGAAAGUAUACAAAGAAUCCUAAACUCUUAGCCAAACCCUUAGACCUAGAUGAGCCGUUAAGCUGUAAACACUGUGCCAAGAAAUUUACCAAUAACUUAGACUUCGCUUUUCACUCCAAAGAACACAGCUCAGAUGGAACCUACACUUGUCAUAUUUGUCAAUUUAUCAAUAACUCCAAGACUCCAUUUGAUCUGCACAUGCGGGCGCAUGAAGGAAUAAAUAAGUACAAAUGCCCGAUGUGUCCAAAGACCUUCAAGAAAAGUAAGGAUGCGUUGGAGCAUACUUACUUCCAUACUGGUGAGAAACCUUUUCCAUGCGAAGUAUGCGGAAAACAUUUUAUGUUUAGCAAGAGUUUGGCAGAUCACAAAAGAAACACUCAUUAUGAGGCCAUCACUGGAAAGCCUCUUCAGAAACACGAUUGUAAAGUGUGCGGUAAGCAUUACGAAACCCGCUCAGGUUUAGUUCGCCAUUACUCCUCAAACCACAAAGAGGUAGGCUAUGAUUAUUCCGUUGUUUGUGAUAUCUGUGGCAAAACCAUAGCCACCAGAAACAAGCUGAAGGCCCAUUUGAAAGUACAUACUGGAGACAAACCACACAUCUGUGAGGUAUGUCACAAAGGAUUCAUCAAUAAGCAAGAACUGGAGAUCCACUUCAGAGUCCAUACUGGUGAAAAACCGUUCGCUUGUUCGUACUGUGGAAAAAAAUUUGCUCAACGUACUCCCUACAGAUACCACAUCAAGACACAUACUGGGGAGCGUUCUCAUAUUUGUUUAAUUUGUGAAAGAGGUUUUAUAUCAUUGAGCAAUAUGAGAAUUCACAUGAAAAGUUGCGUUCAGCCUAUCGUUAAAGAUGAAGUACAACGCACGAAACGAAAAUACACAAAGCAAAAACCGACAGGAAAUGGGGAAAGUAAACCAGAAAAAAAAAUACCCCAAAAACAUUACAACAAGCAUCCACACCUCUUAGCCAAACCCUUAGAACUAGAUGAGCCGUUAAUCUGCAAAUACUGUUCCAAGGCAUUUACCAACAACUUAGACUUUGCUUUCCACUCCAAAAAGCACAGCUUAGUUGGACUCUAUUCCUGUCAUAUUUGUGAAUACACCCAUAACUCCAAGACUCCAUUUGACAUGCACAUACGCGCGCAUGAAGGAAUAAAUAAGUACAAAUGCCCGAUGUGUCCAAAGACCUUCAAGAAAAGUAAGGAUGCAUUGGAGCAUACUUACUUUCAUACUGGUGAGAAACCUUUUCAAUGCGAAGUAUGUGGAAAACAUUUUAUGUUUAGCAAGAGUUUGUCAGAUCACAAAAGAAACACCCAUUAUGAAGCAAUAUCUGGAAAACCUAUUCAGAAUAAAUACGACUGUAAAGUGUGCGGUAAGCAUUAUGAAACUCGCUCAGGUUUAGUCCGCCAUUACUCCUCAAAUCACAAAGAGGUAGGCUAUGAUUAUUCCGUUGUUUGCGAUAUUUGUGGCAAAACCAUAUCCACCAGAACCAAGCUGAAGAUCCAUUUAAGAGUACAUACUGGAUUCAAAUCACACGUGUGCGAGGUUUGCCAUAAAGGAUUCUCCAAUAAGCAAGAACUGGAAAACCACUCUAGAGUCCAUACUGGUGAAAAACCGUUCAUCUGUUCGUAUUGUGGGAAAAAGUUUGGUCAACGUACUCCCUACAGAUAUCACAUAAAAACUCAUACGGGGGAGCGUUCUUAUAUUUGUUUAAUUUGUAAAAAAGGUUUUAUAUCUUUAAGCAAUAUGAAGAUUCACAUGAAAAAUUGUGUUCAACCUACCGUCAAUAUCGUUCACGGUUAA